GGGAGGCGGCGCCGGGGGCCGGGCCGGGCUGGGCGGCCCCGGGGAGGCACCUGCGGCGGCGGGGCUGUGCCGGGGCUCCGGCCGCACCGGCACCGGGCUCCCCGCGGGCAGCUCCGGGCUGGGGGAGCGGCGGGAGCGGCGGCGGGGGAGCCCCGCAGCCCCGGCGGGCGGAGGGAGCCGGGAGCGGCUGCGGCAGCGCCGGAGCCCCGAGCCCGCAGCAUCCUCCGUGAGAAGCGCCGGCUGAGCGUGGGCCGACUCAAGAUGACGACGGCCACGCCACUGACCAAUAACACUCAGCUCUCAGUGAAUGUGACCACAAAGUCCCAAGAACAAAGUCUCUAUCAAAGUUCUGGAGCAAUAGUUGCUGCCAUUGUGGUGGGGGUGAUUAUAAUUUUCACAGUGGUUCUGCUCAUCCUGAAAACAUACAACAGGCGCACGCGGGUGCGGCGGGAGCUGGAACCCAAAGCCUCCAAGCUGGCAGUGCCACCUCCGGGGGGACACAGCAGCCACGGCCUGGCGCAGCAGCCCUCGGUGACCUUCAUCCCUGUGGACAUCCACCUGCAGAGCAGGUAACCGGGAGCGCUGGCCCUCCCUGCCGGAGAAGAGAUGGAAUUGUUACCCCGCACACCCGGGACUCCUCAGCAGGGCUGCACGGGGGCAGCAACCAGCUGGAAUUCUCUCUGAAAAUUGAUAUAAAUCCUGGUUCCUUUCUUUGGGAGGAAAACCAGAGGUGUGGACACUUUUCCUGUGACUGAAAUAACAAAUGGAGGUCUAGGAAUCAUCAGGAUGGCAGCGAGGUGUUUUCUGGAUAAGCCAAGAGAAGAUGCCCAGGUUUUGUGGAGCUUUUUCCUCCUCAGAGACUUUGAAUCCUCUAUAUUCAGAAGAUUAUUAUUCAUAUGAUAAACAGGAGGAAAAGUCUGCACAUCCCCAAACUCAGGUUGGGCCUGGGUUUGUUACGAGUGACAUGGAAGAGGUUUGUGGUUUAUUUUAUACCUGGGGGGUAGUACAGGAGGUAUCAAAACUGUAUUUAUCUUUACUCAUAUUUCAUGUUUCUAAUGCCAUAUAUGUACAGGUUGAGGGGAAAAAAAAAGUUACUUCUUAUUUUCAAGUAUUUUUAAACUAUUUCUAUAAACUGUGUAACUCUCCAUUUGCAAAGGAACUCAGUGUCUGAGAGGUUUCACUCUCAGUUCAGGCUCAUGGCUGUGUUAGAAUGCUUUGUCUUACACAAAAUCUGAGCUCUUUAACUGAAAAAAAUAAGCAUGGAAAUAUAAAAAAUCACUUUGGAUAAAGCAAGGGAGGCUCUGUGCAGCCCCUACUGCCACUCACCCUGCAAGGCUUUGUUCUCUGGUGCAGCCCAACUAUUUUUAGCCAUUUUUUAUUCUCGAAAGCGACUCAAAGCGAGGUUGUUUUGUGAGUGUGAGGGCUGUGGGUGUGCAGCAGUGGCACAAAGGAAUUCCCAGGGACACUCACAGCCCACGGGGUGGGGACACAGAGCAGCAUUGUCACACACUCACUGGCAGAUUGUCUGAGACUUUAUACUUCAAUUUUUUUCCAAUAAGCUUGGAUGCCUUGAGCAGGUCAGUUGAACCAACUGGUAAUUUUCAUUGUGCAGAAACUAAAUUCAAUUACUUUGCAAUAUUCUUUUCUGGCUGAAACUGGAGCACGGUUUGGAUUCCAAACCAAAUAUUGAGACAGCUGUUUGUGAAGUUUCUGAAUCUCCUUGUAAAUAUUUCUCUUGUCCUGGUUCUCUACCUUAUUUUUUGUGGCAGGGAGGAUUGAUUUAAUAAUUCAGAAGGGGCAGCAGACGCACAUCUAAUUUUUUUCCAAAAAAAUAUAAAGGAGUUGAUUUUCUGUUUCUA